GGUGUGACCUUUUCUUUCUGUGUGGUGUGACUCCGUGUUUGAUGCCUGUGACGUUCAUGACUUUCUUUCUUUGACGACGCGACUUGACGAUACCCCUCUGAGACCUUUUCGAUAUCUCUUCGAAUAUUCUUUCUCAGCCACACCGCCGGCCCUCGACAUACCUUCACUCUCAAAAGCUACGGGUCCUUUCGAACCCGUUAGCUACCCUCCAUGAACAUCAUGGAGAAGGGUACCACCGACGAGAUCGUUAUGAGCGAUCCCAGCCCAACAACAUCGACACCAUCACCACUCGAGAAGAAGACCCCCUUGGAAACAAUAACACCAGUCUCGGCCAACAGCAGCCAAACAGCUCUCGACACAGUGGCCGAAGAACAACCUGCCGGCGAACCCACGACACUCGUCGUCGCUUUUGCUCCCAAUGAUCCUGAGAAUCCUCAUAAUUGGUCGUCGACCAAGAAGUUCCUCAUCAUCGUCGCCACAACCCUAGCCUCCACCAACUCGGGCUUCGGCUCCGCCCUCUGCUCCAACCUCUCCCCGCUCCUCUCCAAAGUCUUCGACUUCCCCUCGCCCGGUCCACAAACCAUCCUCCCCACCUCGGUCUACCUAAUCGGCUUUGUCUUCGGUCCCCUCAUCUGCGCUCCUUUGUCGGAAACCUACGGCCGUCGUCCCGUUUUGGUGACGGGCUUCAGUAUCUUCGUCCUGGCCACAUUGGGAUGUGCACUGAGUAACUCCUGGGCGCUGUUCCUGGUGAUGAGGCUGAUUGCGGGCACGGCGGGCGCGCCGCCUAUCAGUGUGGGCGGAGGCGUGGUGUCGGAUCUGUUUGGGGAUAAGAUUAUGCGGGGAAGGAUGAUGAUGAUUUGGAGUGCUAGUUCGUUUUUGGGGCCGUUGGGGGCGCCGAUUUUGGGCGGGUUUUUGGGGAGGAGUAAGGGGUGGAGAUGGGUUUUUUGGUUCGCGUUGAUGCUCGCUGGAGUCUCGUUUUGCGCGGUGGCCUCGAUGCCGGAGACGUUCCAUCCUAAACUGCUGAAGAUUAGGGCCGAGAAGCUGAAUAAGCAGAUGGAAGCUGAAGGCAAGGCGAAGGAGGUGAGGUAUAUCGCCCCGGUUACUGGCCUGGGUAACGCCGAUGGGGAGAAGAUGGGUGUUUGGAGGCAGCUUAGUAUCACGCUCUCCCGACCCAUCUUGUUGCUCUGCAACGAACUCCUCCUCGGCUUGACAUGCCUUUACCUCGCUUUCGUCUAUGCCGUCUUUUACAUGAUGCUCAAGAUCGGCGGCGCCAUCUGGAGUGGCACCUACCACUUCUCCCCCGGCAUCGCUGGCGUGGCCUUUAUGACCAUGGGCUUGGGUACCAUCAUUGCCUGCUUCGUCAUCAUUUGGUACGACUCAUAUGGUCCCAAGUUCGCGGCCCGCUUUCCUGCCGAUCGCAAAUCCGAAUACCUGCGUCUGCCCGUUGCUUGCGUCGGUGGUCCGAUAUUUGUGAUCAGUCUGCUCUGGCUGGGCUGGACCAGCAGGGCAAGUAUCCAUUGGGCGGUUCCGCUGAUCGCCACGGUGCCGUAUGGAUUUGCUUAUCAUAUGAUCUUUACUGCCAUGAUCAACUACGUGACAGACGCCUACUCCCCCCUCAACUUCGCCGCCUCGGCCCUCGCAGCUUGCGGCACGACGCGCUCCAUCGCCGGCGCUCUUAUCCCGCUGGCAAUCGAUAACAUGCUGGCCGCCUUGGGCGUCGCAUGGGCUAUCACCGUGCUGGCUAUCAUCAGUGCCGUGAUGUGCCUGGUGCCUUUCGCCUUCAUCAUCUAUGCAGAUGCAAUCAGGGCUAGGAGUCCUUGCUCUCGAUUGGGUGGUCUGACGGCGGAAGACCUCGGGGCGGAGUCGGAUGAGGAGGAGGACGUCGAGGAGGGAGGCAAUGGGGAGGAUCUGGAGAAGGGAACUGGAGCUGCGCUUAAGAGGGAGAGGACGCAGAAGUCUCAGAGGACUGUGAGGAGUCAUAGGAGCAGGAUGAGCAGGAUGAGCAGGAUGAGCAGGAGAAGUGGAAGGAGUAUACUGGAGAUGAGCGGUGCUAAUGAGGUGGGAAUGGGAGAGUUGACGAGGAGUUUGUCUGCCUUGUGAAACAAACGAAAGUAUUAUGGGAGUCAGUCAUGCAUGU